ACCUCAAAUAACAAUUGUGAAUGUGAAUGUGAUUUGUGCUCUCGUGCUCUCAGAAUCUCAGAAUCGCAGGUCCUUAGGUCCAAUUUAGGUCCCCCCCUAUUCCUCAAAACUCAUUUUUAUAGACGUACCUAACUAGCAUAACCAUUCUUAACUCCCUCCUAGCCAGCAAACAGUUUAGUACUAAAAUUAUGUUGGAAAAAAAACCAUCGGAGCAACAGUUUGUCUCCUCAACGCUCAAUCACAUCUUGGAGGAUUUGCAGGAAGCAGAAGCACAGGGCUUUAAUCUUCCGAGUCCUGCUGAGGUUCUUGGUGGUGAGAAAGAAGCUGACACUGAUGCUGAAAAUGUUAUUGCAACCAAGCACUAUGAAACAAUCAAGAAGCUAAUUGAAGAUAGUAGUAACUUAGAAGAAGUUUUGCAACAGUUGAAGAAAGCCAACAGCACUCUUCAGAACCAAUACAAAGAACUCAAAGACAUGACAAAUGCUGUAAAAGAAGCUAGUGCAGCAGCUUUACAUUAAUUGUUGCAGUUACUAGUGGUAUUUAUUUUAUUAAGUUUCUUGUAUAGUUUUUAUAGAAAUUUAGCGUUAUUAGUGACGUAAUAUCUAGUAUGAAGCAUUUUUGUCCGUACAUAGGUUGUAAGGCAUCAUUUCCACGACCAUCAAAGUUGCGGCUUCAUAUUAAGAAAA